UUUCAGCUUUCCUUAGUUAAUUGUUGGUUUAAAAAUCCCCAAGCCAUGGAUGAGUUUGGCGUUUUUGAUUACAGGCGGCCUGCAGGGCCCAAGGAUCCCGACUGGAGGACCUCGACCUAUCGCGGGCACCGUCACAUCACAGAUCUAAGGAUGGGCAACAAGCUAAAUGCCAAGUUUGCCGACAAAGGCAUUUAUGUGAACGAUCCUCUGCUGUCGGAGAAACCCACUUCAGAGUGCAUGGCCAACUAUGUGUGGCAGUAUGGCAAUCCCAAUACCCUGAGGAAUCCCUCGCUCAACAUGAAAACCCAGUACAUGAAGCCUUUCGAGGAGGGCUGUCUUCGCUUCAUAAAGCGGAAGAUGAAGCCGAUCUCGAGUGUGAGCCAUGACUCUUUUGUGCUCAAGGAACUGCCCGAGGAGCAGGAAAUACUGCCGAUUACAAUGCCCACUCCGGUGGCGGCCACCAAGCUGAUCAUCGACCGCUCGGAGGCUUCCUACAGCAAGUACCUGGAUCCCUCCGCCACCACCUAUAAUCUUUCUUACGUGCGCUUGACUCCCGAGGAUUUGACGGGUGGAGUGGCGGCCCACGACAACAUAACCUUCUGGAAUUGGUCUGAGAAGAUGCCGCCCACACGGAAAGUGUCCCGUGAAGAGGAUCCCAUUAUGUGCGACGAGGGCAACACGCACACGUGUCCCAAGCGGCGAUGCGAGUUCCAAAAUCUCACGAAAAGAGUGCCUCACUCGGGAAUGGUCAGCGAGGUGCGGGCUAACUUCACGGAUCCGCGAUUCCGAAAAGUAGAUUUUGAUCCGGAUGUAAAGCCCAUUCUGGUGCACGAGGAAGUCACACCGUUUGCCACGAAGAGCGAAUACGGCAUCUACGGUUCUGGAGAACCUGUCAUCAAGUAUGUUUAGGAGUUCUCUCUUUAAAACUGUUUACCUUUAACUAAAUUUAUGUUAAGCAAAAUAGAGCAUAUGGUAACUAA